GCUAUAAAAACUCCGUUUCCAGCUGUGCGCAUGCUUUGACCAGUUCCAAAGAUGGAGCAGCUGCGUUACAAGUCACAUGAGCGAAGAAGUCCCGGUGCUCAGGCUAUAGACGUCUUCCUUUUCGCCUUGUGUUAGGCGUGACCUAGUAACCCGGAAGUGUUAGGGUUUUUUGCCGUCAGCGCGACUACUUCGCUUAUCGCUCGGAGGGUCCGAGCAGUGGGGGCGGCCAAUGGGGGUUCCAGCAUUUUUCCGAUGGCUGAGCCGCAAGUACCCGUCUAUAAUCGUGUCCUGCACUGAAGAGAAGCCUAAAGAAUGUAAUGGGAUCAGAAUUCCAACUGAUACCAGUAAGCCAAACCCCAAUGAAGUGGAAUUUGAUAACCUUUAUUUGGAUAUGAAUGGCAUCAUCCAUCCUUGCACACAUCCUGAGGACAAGCCAGCGCCCAAAAAUGAAGAUGAAAUGAUGGUGGCCAUUUUUGAGUAUAUUGACAGACUUUUCAACAUUGUGAGACCAAGGCGGCUUCUCUACAUGGCAAUAGAUGGAGUGGCUCCCCGUGCAAAAAUGAACCAACAAAGAUCCAGAAGAUUCAGAGCAUCAAAGGAAGGAGUGGAGUCUACAGAAGAGAAGCAGAGGAUAAGACAAGAAAUCUUGGGAAGAGGUGGCUUUCUUCCUCCAGAAGAAGUAAAAGAAAGAUUCGAUAGCAAUUGCAUUACUCCAGGAACUGAGUUUAUGGACAAUCUUGCUAAAUGUCUUCGCUAUUAUAUUGCUGAUCGUUUAAACAAUGAUCCAGGAUGGAAAAAUUUGACAGUUAUUUUAUCUGAUGCUAGUGCUCCUGGUGAGGGUGAACACAAAAUUAUGGACUACAUACGAAGACAAAGAGCUCAACCAAACCAUGACCCAAACACUCACCAUUGUUUAUGUGGGGCUGAUGCUGACCUUAUUAUGCUUGGAUUAGCUACACAUGAACCAAAUUUUACUAUAAUAAGAGAAGAAUUUAAGCCUAACAAACCUAAACCGUGUGGUCUUUGCAACCAGUUUGGGCAUGAAGUUAAGGAUUGUCAGGGUUUUCCAAAAGAAAAACAAGGAGAGCACGAUGAAUUUGCAGAUUGUCCUCCUGGCAUGGAACAAGAAUUUAUUUUUAUUCGGUUGUGUGUUUUAAGAGAAUAUUUGGAAAGAGAAUUAACAAUGGCCAGUUUGCCUUUCACUUUUGAUGUGGAAAGAAGUAUUGAUGACUGGGUUUUCAUGUGUUUCUUUGUGGGAAAUGACUUUCUUCCUCAUUUACCAUCAUUGGAGAUCAGGGAAGGAGCAAUUGAUCGUCUAGUAAACAUAUAUAAAAACGUUGUGCACAAAACAGGGGGGUACCUUACAGAAAAUGGUUAUGUCAACUUGCAAAGAGUGCAGAUGAUCAUGUUAGCUGUUGGGGAAGUUGAAGAUAACAUAUUUAAGAAGCGAAAAGAUGAUGAGGAAAAUUUCAAAAGAAGACAGAAGGAGAAAAGAAAAAGGAUGAAGAGAGAGCAGCAUUCCAUGCUUGGUGGACAGUUUACCCCACAGCCUUUGGGGAGGGGAAAUAGAUCAAGCCAUCAACCGAUCAGUAAUCCAAGACAUGCAGCCUUUGAAAUGCGAAUGCAGGACAGACAGAACACAACUCCUUCAGCUUCUCCUAAUACGAGCUUCACAUCUGAUGGUACACCAUCCCCAGCAGGAGGAAUUAAGCGAAAAGCAGAGGACAGUGACAGUGAACCUGAGCCCGAAGAUAAUAUCAGGUUAUGGGAAGCUGGCUGGAAACAGCGAUAUUACAAGAACAAAUUUGAUGUUGAGGUCUCUGAUAAAAAAUUCCGUCGUAAAGUUGUACAAUCUUACGUGGAAGGACUUUGCUGGGUUCUCCGAUACUAUUAUCAGGGUUGUGCCUCCUGGAAAUGGUAUUAUCCUUUCCAUUAUGCGCCAUUCGCUUCAGAUUUUGAAGGUAUCACAGACAUGCCCUCAGACUUCGAAAAGGGAACCAAACCGUUCAGACCGCUUGAGCAACUUAUGGGAGUCUUUCCAGCAGCAAGUGGCAACUUUCUCCCAGCAACUUGGCGGAAACUUAUGACUGAUCCAGAAUCAAGUAUAAUUGACUUCUAUCCUGAAGACUUUGCUAUUGAUCUGAAUGGGAAGAAAUAUGCUUGGCAAGGUGUCGCUCUGUUACCAUUUGUUGAUGAACGUCGUCUGAGAGCUGCUCUAGCAGAGGUGUAUCCUGACCUCACUCCUGAAGAAAACAGAAGAAAUAGCCUUGGUGGUGAUAUAAUUUUUGUUGGGAAGCAUCACCAACUUCAUGACUUCAUUCUUGAACAAUACAGGUCCAGUAGCAAAGAGCCUGUAGACAUGCCUCCUGAACUGUGUCAUGGUAUUCAAGGAAAACUUACUGUGAAUGAAAAUCCAGUUCUUCCAGGCGAGACAGUUCAUUCUCCUGUGCCAAUGCUGCGUGAUCUGACACAGAAUGUGGCAAUAAGUAUCAACUUUAAAGACCCACAGUUCCAAGAAGAUUAUAUAUUUAAGGCAGUGGUGUUACCUGGGGCAAAAAAGCCUGAAACAGUUCUGAAGCCAGGUGACUGGGAGAAAACAAGCAAUGAUGGAAGACCUUGGAGGCCACAGCUUGGUUUUAACCGCGACAGAAGGCAGGUUCACUUGGACCAGUCAGCAUUCAGAACAUUAGGCCAUGCAAUGUCAAGGGACAGAGGACAGUCAGGCAGUGGAGUUUACAGCAGUAUUGCUCCCCCUGGAGCUUACAACCAAGGAAAUACAUACAGACCACUGCUAGGCAGACCACAACAACAAAUUCCAAAACUGCUAUCAAAUAUUCGGCCUCAAGACUCCUGGCAAGGUCCUACGCCACUGUUUCAACAGCCACCACAAAGGUUUGACAGAAAUUCUGGAGCCACUCCUCUUCUUGCUUGGAACCGCAUGCCCCAUUCCCAGGGACCACCAUACCAACAAAAUCAGUACCAAGGACCAGGUGGACCAAUGAACUACUCCCAAAGGCCCAAUGAUCGGAGAGAACGAGGAAGACAGGGAUACGGAAGACCUUACCCAUUGCCACCAUCCUCUGGAAGAUACAACUGGAAUUAGGCUUUUGGAGUCUUCCGCCAUUGAAAAUAGUCCUUUUUUAUUAUAUUUAUCAUCUGAGUAGCUUUCAGAUGAUAAACUUUCUUUUUAAGUUGUGUACAUUUUCACGGAUAAGAUUUGAUACAAGGCGUAUGUUGCUUUAAAGCCAUACUGCAGAAUUCAAGUGAACUAAUACAUAUUUGCUUGUGUGAAAUGUCCAAUGAAGCAGAAGUACUGUUCUGUCUUGACUGUGUGAGUUUUAUUGCAUCACACUGUAGAUGCCUUUCAAUUUCACAUCAGAAUAUUCCUUAGAUUCACAGCUAGCAAAAGGUUUACCCUAAGAAUAAUAGCAUUGAAAGGGUGCACAGAAAUUAUGUGUGUAAUUGUGGUAGUUGGCUUAGAAAGCCAUCUGCAAGCACAUUUUAAAGACUUUCUGUUCGUAUUGCUUCUAAAGUGAUGUACUUGUCCUUUAAAAAACAUGAUUGCUGAACUUUCCAAGUAAAAGUUGCAACUUUUACAACUUC